AUGAUUGGGGGGUGUAUGAAUACGCUGGUUAAUCUUUACAAGAAGUACUACAGCUACAAUAUCAUCACCAAGAUUACAAGAGAACGCAAACAACAAAUCAGGUUCCCUGAUGUCACUAUCUGCACCAUGAGCAUGUUUGACAAGACCCAACAGAAUCUCACUAACGCAGAGCUAAGCUAUCUUCGCAGCUUUGGGUACCUGAGAUCUGUGUUACGGCGAACUGUCUGGGACGGAGAGGAAGGGAGAGAGCUCGAUAAACUGGAUAAUGUCAAAUUCUGGGCUGGUGGGGCAUACAAAAAAGAGGACAUAUUCAAGAUCAUAUACUUCAAAAAUAAGAAAGUGCUCCCUGAAAGCCUCACCUACAGUCCGAAACAAGAUCAGCGCUGCUUCACCUUCAACGCUCACUCUGAUGUCAAUGCUCAGGAAUCUGAAGGUGCAAGUUUGACAAUGGCUCUCAACAUCAUGCAAGAGACCUAUCUGGAGGGAGCUGCAUACGAGGCAGGGGUACAGGCAUACAUCGAUGAACCUGAUACAGCGCCCAGCUACAGUGAUCUUUCAUUGAUUGGUGUAUCAGCCGUGACGUCGACACGCAUACAGCUGACAAAGAAGAAGAUGAAGUACCUUCCAGACCCCUAUAAUUCCCGCGGGACGGAUUGUGUGGACACUACAGCCUCGGACUUUGUCAACCCGCUUGAGUGGUUCAAGAUGUACAGCUUUGAUGGAUGUCUCCAGGAGUGCUCCAAUAAGGCAGCCAUGGAUGCUUGUAACUGCACCGCCGGAUGGGAACCCCAGCAAGACAAAAUUACCUGGUUCUACAAAUCAGACUUGCCAGCAUGGUAG